AUGAUAUCCGCUGUGAAAAGUUACUUUGUUAAUUUGAAUAUUUUUGAACCAUCUCCUGAUAGUAAUGAAAGAGAAGAUGAUCAACAACGUCGUCUGAAUAUUAUAUCUACUCGAAUCUAUUUAGUAGUUCUCCUAUUAAUUUUGUUUCUUUUUGGACUUUACACAAAAUUAAAUUUUGCAACAUCAAUCAUUACUAUUGAAUAUCCAACUGAAGAUCAAUUUGAAAAACUUCCUCAAGACGCGCGAUGUCAUUGUUCUCAUAUUUCUAUAUCUUAUGGCGAUUUUGUAUCACUUCAAACAACCAUUCAUCAAGUAUGUGUAAGUGACUUUGUAUCUGAUCGAUGGAUUAAUGCUUUAUUCUUUGGUCUUAACACCUCUUUUUUUGAUAUUUAUGAUUUUCGCAUUACGGCUAGUAGUCAAUUUGAAGCAUUGGCUGGUUUCUGUCGUCUCUCCCAAGCAAAUAUUUUACAAAGUAUCUCUUCAUUUUAUAAAAAUAAACUAAUCACUCCUCAAAUUCUGUCAAAAAAAACAUUGGAAGCACAAGUAGAAGGCCUUAUUAAACAAUUUCAAUUAACUAUAUCAAAUAAUUUUAACAAUCAAUUGAAACUAGUACGUGAAAUGACCAUGGCCAAUCAACUUAAAACUGCAUUACCAAUUAGUAUGAUUCCCGCUUAUUAUUAUGAUGAUUAUUAUGGAUACUUUGUAUUUAUGAUAAAUAUUGGAAUUGAAAAAUCUGAUGGAUCUAUUUGUGCUUGUGAAUUUACUCCUGAUUGUAUAGGAACUUCUGGGAUUUAUAAGGAACUCGCACCCUCUUCUUUAUAUUUUGAUACUAAUAAAGAGGUAGCUAUGACAAUUUCCGGUUUAGUAGGAAGUUGUCUUCCAGUGGAUAUAGCUCUUUUCUCAACACUAGAAUGUUUCUAUAAUCAAUCAUGUAUUGAUAAACUUGUAUCAUUUUUGCCUAAAAUUGAAACAUUUAAAGCAUUGAAAGUAGACAAUCAAAGUCGUUUCGAAUUAAAUGCAACCAUCAAAUCAAUUGUUAAUCAAUUAAUGAUAGAAAAUUGGAAAAAAAAUAUUACAUAUGAAAAAUAUUACAAACAAUGUGCACCUAUAUCAUGCAUAUAUUCAAUAUUAAAACGACCUAAUUUCAAGUAUACAUCAAUCAGACUCAUUAGUUUAUUGUCUGGUUUAACAGUCGUACUUGGAAUAAUAAUUCCAAUCAUAAUCAAAUUUAGUAACAGACUAAAAAAUCGUCAACCAACUCCACAUAUUUCUUUAAAUAAUCGUAUACAUCAAUUAAAAAUUCAAAUAAAAAUACUAAUAAUUGAAUUGAACAUUUUCAAACAUUAUCCAAGUACUGAUCGUCAGAUACAUUAUCAACGUAUUGCUACUCGAUUAUAUAUUAUUUUUCUUCUUAUCUCACUCACAAUAUUGAGUAUUUAUUUAUCGUUAAAUACAGAAAUUCAAAAGAAAAUACUUUUGAAUCCAACUGAAAAUCAAUAUAUUCAAUUACAAGAAAUAUAUUCUGAUAAUCUUCUAUGUCCAUGUACAAAUAUUUCAAUGAAUUAUUCAACAUUUAUAACCAUUCAACCAUAUUAUCAUCAGUUAUGUUCAAGUGAUCUUAUUUCUUUAAAAUGGUUAGAUUAUACAAAAUUUAAUGAUCCUAAUAUUGAUCUGGUAUCCACAGAUUAUCGUGCGAGUGCUAGUACUCAAUUUCGAUUAUUAAAAAUCCUCUGUGAACAAGCAGAACAAAUAAUAACGAAUAGUCUUAAUAUAUUCUUACAAACAGAUUUUAUAAGUUCAAAAGUUAUUUCAAUACAGCUUUUUGAAUCUCAAAUAAAUUCAUCAAUUCAAGAAUGGCAAUCCUAUAUUACUAAUCGUUUUCUACUUACAAUUGAACUUUUUCAAUCAAUUUCUCAAGGUAAUUUGUUAAUGAAUGGUAAAUUAAAUACUAAUAUUACAACAAACUAUAUUUCAAGAGAAACAAAAAUUUUACCAAAGACUUAUGGAAAUUGUACUUGUGGAAUAUCUCAAUCAUGUUCUACUUCUUUGCGUAUCUAUUCUAAUAUGGAUGAAUACCCUCAAAUAAUUGAACUUUAUCACAUUUCAAAUUUUUUUAUUGGCUGUUUUCCUUUUGAAGCUUUAUUAGCAUCAACAUUAGAAUUCUUCUAUAAUAAGUCACAGAUGAUCAUUCUUGAUCGAUAUAUGCAAUUUCCCAUGAAAAGAUUAUUUAAUUUUUCUUCACUUGAUUCAACUCGUAACAUACCAAACGAAAUAAUUAACUCAAUCAUUAAAAGAAUUAUGGUUGAUUCUUGGUUAUCACGUAUAUCAUUUUCUUCAUAUUAUUAUAUUUGUGCUCCAUUAUCAUGUGUAUAUGAAUAUUCAAGUCGAAAUGAUAUACUUUUUAUUGUUACAAGUAUAGUUGGUCUCUUUGGUGGUUUGUCACUUGGUAUUAAACUUUUUCUUUUAAUUACACUUCGAUUUAUUUAUAAAAUAAUGAAUGGUGUGAAUCGAAUAGCAUUGCUACAAUCAAUUAAAAAUAUAUGUAUUUGUCAAAAUGAACAUCAAAUUAUUAAUCGAUUACAUUUUCUAUUAAUUAUCAUAGUUUUUUGUAUAGUUUACAGUUUUUCUGUAUUGACUCCACAAACAAUUACAAUUAAUACUAAAAAACCAUCAUUAGAUUUAUAUGAAGAUUUAUUAAAACAUUAUUCAAAUACGCUUCAAUGUUCCUGUUCACAAAUAUCAAUGAAACAUGAAGUAUUUCUUACAAUAAAACCUUAUUUUCAUCAAAUUUGUUCAAGUGACUUUAUAAACAGUGAUUGGAUGGAAUAUUUAUAUAAUAACAAUAAUGAUCAGUAUUCGUUCUAUGCACAAUUUCAAUUACUUGCUUCGUUUUGUCAAUUAUCUCAACAAACAGUAAAUAAUGCACUUUCGCAAUUAAUAAAAACAAAUUUUAUCAAUGAUCAAUUGUUAUCAUCAAAAGUCUUAAAUGGACGAAUAAAAAUAAUCAUUGAUGAAUUUCAAUUAACAUUACCUGAUAAUUUUUUAAAUAUUUUAUCUUUAAUUCGUGAAACAAUAUCAGCAAAUAAAUUUAUGAGUGUAUUAUCAACAAAUUGGAUUUUUUUUACACCAUCACAAAUAAAUUAUCUUUGGACUGCACAUACAAUACCGAUUAAUUAUGGAGAAUGUAAUUGUGGAUUAUCAUCAAAAUGUAUACAAUCAUCAAAAGGAAUGUUAAUUGGUUGUUAUCCACUUGAAACUCUCUUACAAAUGGAUCUUAAUUGUUUUUAUGAUCAACAAUGUAUUGAUUCAAAUAAAACAUUUCAAGCAUUAAAUGUUUCUUAUUUACAAAUAAGUCAUUUUAAUAGCAAUAAUACAAUUGAAUCACUUAUCAACAAAUUAAUGAUUGAAGAAUUUUAUCAAAAUAUAUCUUAUGAAAAAUACUUUGAUCAAUGUGCACCAUCAUCAUGUACUUAUUCAUAUAUUGACCAAACAAAUAUUAUUCAAGGUUUAACAAAUAUUAUUUCAUUAUAUGGAGGUUUAAUGGUCAUUUGUCGAGUAAUUGUUGUGACUAUUGUUAAAAUUUUUCGUCAUCAAAAAGAACGAAGAAUUAUUUCGAUAAUAAACUAA